UUAGCAGGGAGAUCCCAUUACAGAGAACGCAUGUUGUUGUAAUAUGCUCGAAACAAAAGCGUAAGAAGCGACAGGCCUGCCGCCCAAAAAAGCGACACAUCUCCUUAAAAAAUCCAAUCUGGUUAAUCGCAGUAACUUUUAGUGGAUUUAUAGGCUACUCGCGUGGGAAAUGGAGAAGAAAAGGUGGGAUUGCACUGCUCUCCCCAAGGGCUGGAAAAUGGAAGAAGUGACCAGAAAGUCGGGUUUGUCAGCUGGAAAAAGCGAUGUCUAUUACUUUAGUCCAUCUGGGAAGAAGUUUCGGAGCAAGCCUCAGCUGGCCCGUUACCUUGGUAACCAGAUGGACCUCAGCUCCUUUGAUUUCCGCACGGGGAAGAUGCUCAUGAGCAAGCUGAACAAGAACCGGCAGAGACUGCGUUAUGAUAACAACAAUCAGAAUAAGGGCAAACCUGACCUGAACACGUCACUACCAGUCAGACAGACAGCCUCCAUCUUUAAGCAGCCUGUCACCAAGGUUACCAACCAUCCAAACAACAAAGUUAAGACAGAUCCGCAGAAAGCCAUCGAUCAGCCCAGACAGCUAUUUUGGGAGAAGAAACUCAGCGGUCUCAAUGCUUACGACAUCGCAGAGGAGCUGGUUAAAACAAUGGAACUGCCAAAAGGCCUCCAAGGUGUUGGUCCAGGCUGCACGGACAAGACUCUCCUGUCGGCCAUCGCAAGCGCCCUCCACACCAGCGCAGCUCCAAUUACUGGCCAGCUGUCUGCUGCUGUGGAGAAGAACCCGGGAGUCUGGCUCAACACCACACAGCCACUGUGCAAGGCCUUCAUAGUCACUGAUGAGGACAUCAGGAAACAGGAGGAGCUGGUUUACAGCGUGAGGAAAAGGCUCGAGGAGGCACUGAUGGCUGAUAUGUUGGCCCAUGUUGAGGAGGCUGCCAACGAAGGAGAUGCUCUGAAGGAUGAGGGCAACGGCAGCGAAGACAUGGACAGCGUAUAGCACAGGGUUUUUUGAAGUCCGGAUGGGUAUGUUCAACACCUGCGCACACACAUGACCAUGAACAUUAGGAGUCGUACAUCAGUCCAGCCCUAAAGAACUUUCCCCUGGUAUCUCCUGUCCAACUUAAACCUAAACCUGACUUACACCAGUACAGCUUAAAAAACUGUCUUACCCCCCAGACUCGGAGUCUCAAACACGUCCAUUCAUCUAAACCCCGCCGGAUGGGACUCUUUGCUUCAGCGCCUAUGAAAUGGGGCAAUUUUGAGCCGAGUUCCAAACAAGAAACAACAUCAAAAGAACUUUCAGAUAUUAAAAUCAACAAAUUUUCAGUGGGUAAAAUUCAGUGUUUGAUGAGACGUGUAUUUUCUACUAAAAAAGCUUUUCUUUUUUGCAACAAUCAAGUCAAAUCCAAACACCUUACAUCAGCAAUUUUGCUUGUUUAGGACAGAUUGGAAAUGAAUGUUUUGUAUUUUCAACAUUUUUACGAAGCACUCCAUGAUUAAUACACUGUUGAGAUUGAACUAUACCGAGGUGAGUAAAUUUAAACCAGCCUGCAGCAGGUUAGUACAGGUGGCUGAUGUUACUGAUGUGGUCGGUGUAGUCUGAAUCUCAUGUGCACCCAUUUGAGUGGACAGAGUCACGUUUUUACUGUUGUAAUUUACAAGGAAAUAUUGUCUCUAGUCUCAUGUCAGCGGUGUUACCCUGUGAGUCAUGUUCAGUAUUGACCAAAGAGGAGACGUGUCAUUUUGAGGGAGGGUUUAGGUUUGUGUAGCUAAAGUCUGCUUUGUAUUUAAAUGUAAGUAAUUAUAUUAGCCCCGCUGUUAUACAACUUAACACGAGGAAAGUAAUAAGUACACAUGAUGGGGCUGAGCACAGUGGCAAAGGAAAUUAAUUGAAACCUCUUUCUGUUGUACAAUUAUUACUGUUUUUAACUGUCUUCAGCAUUGUAUAGGUGCUUACUGAUGUUGUGAAACAUUGCUGUUUGUGUGCCAAGGCUUUGUUUCCUUCAUAGCUUCAGUCCAUGUUUCUUUAAAACGACAACAAAUGUGUCAAUGUUACCACACAUGCUGCCUCCUCCUCGCACAAAACUGGUGACAAAACAAAUUACAGUCAAGAAUUAGUUUUAACGUCAUGUCAUUUACUAUCAGAAGAAUAAUGGCUUUGUAUUUUUUAUCCCCGUUCGUCAAGGUUUGAUGAUGAAUCAUGUAACCAGCUGAAAUCAUGAAAUUCCCUUCUCUAUAUCAGCAGGCUGAUUGCUGAAAUGAAUUUGAUUGUAUUACUUAUUAAAAUGAAUCGGUAUAUCACUAAAUGCUGAUGCUUUCGCUUUUUUUUUUUUUUUUCCCUUGGAUGUAAAUGCAUGUGUAAACCUGUAGUUAAAUGUGUCUUAAAAACACAGCCACCCUGCCUUUCAUUAAUAAAUCCAACUCUGCACAUUCACAAACGACCGUCCAAUCACUGCAUCGUCCUGCAGAUUAACUGUUAACCUGACAGUCCUCAUGCCUCAGAGUGAGCUUGGACAAAGUGCAAACACAGUCACUCGAUCACAAAGUGGCUCCUCUGCAGAACAUACCGGCUGUUGUUUCACAGGGAUGUGUAGAUGUCUCCUGUCUUGAUGUUUUAAAUGAAGACCUCCCUGUAGUGUACUUCUCAAAGUAGUUAAGAUGACACUGGAGCUUUACAGCAAGGUAAGACUGUCUUGAGUUAGUUUGUGGAUUUUUUUAAGUGAUGUGCAAUAAUUCUCCACUGCAGGUUUGUGGGGCUGUAGAAAAAAAAAUUAGGGAUUUGGAGUAUAAAAACAAUAUUGUUAAUAAUGUUACAAACGGUUUGUGUUUGUAUGACUGUCAGGUAUGUGAAUUUUCA